CUGCUUUUGGGGUCGAUCAAUACCGCGUAGUGGGAGUAGCUGUCAGAUUCAAGGACGCGCGAUUGAUUUUAGGUUAAGAAAUGUCAAAUGUAACGUAAAAUAGGCCAGUUUUGUGUGACUGAUAAACAAACAUGAGUUCAAAAUCGAAAUGUGAAGUGAAUACGGACGGCAGCGUGCGUUUGAGUGACAUUUUGAACUCGUUCAACUCUGCGAUACGCGAGGAACAUGCCUGGGCUUUGUGUUAUCAGUGCGCCAAGUUUUUUAGGGGGUGUAUACAAACAAAAAGGAGGGAUUGUUGGAGUGUUACCGAGGUGGAGCAUGUUUACUUGAAAACGGACGGUAAUGUGCACGAAAAAACGGUUAAAUUAACGCAAGAAUGCAGCAGGAAACUGCUUUUGAGUGAAAAAGAUGUGGUGGCUGGUUUGGGGUUUGUAAUAUACACAGCGUUGGAUAAUCGCACACAAAAUGGGGAGGAACGGGUGAUUAGCAACGACUUGGAGCAGGUUAUAAGUGAUAUGAUAUCGAGUGAUCUCACAAAUUCCAUUGAACAAGGCCAUAUUGAGACAGAUGAUGAAGGUAUUGAAACUGAUGAGAACGAGGAACCAGGCACUUCCAAAAGCUCACAACACAUAACCCUACAAGAGGUGAUACGGCGUUGCGAGUUACACCUAGGAACUCUCACCAAAUCCCAAAUUGAAGCUCAUUACAAAGCUGUUGUAAGGGCAUUAGUUGCAGAAGCUCUAGAAUUAUCCACAUUUUUGGACAAAGUUGCACAAGGUAUACUACCCUCAAACAGCUCAAACCACUCAAGUUUAAAUGAGCUACAAUUUUCCGACUGGGCCAUGUUCUGGGUGCAAGUCAUGGGGGAAUUACGUACAGGCGUCAAGUUAAAAAAAGUGAACUACAGUAAAGCCCCCAUCGAAUACGAAUUAACCCCCUAUGAGGUUCUUAUGAAAGACAUAAGGAAUUGCAAGUAUAACCUGAGAAAAAUCAUGGUGAACGGAGAUGUUCCGUCUAGAAUCACCAAAGAUGCUCACAAUAUUAUUUUAAAUUUUAUCCGCUCUAGACCUCCUUUGAAGAAAGCUUCCGAUAGAAAAAUCUCCCCCAGAACCCCUGUUUUAACCCCCAGAGAGCAACUUUUGAACUCCAUUAAAAAAGGGAGAAAAUUGAAACCUGUACCAAAGACAAACUACGUAGUACAAAAACUGAAACUGCAGUCCAGUCCUAGAGAGGAAAACGCGAGACCUGCGGCCGGGCGCCGACUCAUAAAAGUCGACUUCUCUCAGUUCGAAGAGGACGAAGACGAAGAAGAAGCGUGCACCCCGGACUCUACGACAGAGCCGGGCCUCUGGUCCUCGGAAUACCCGCACGCGAUAGACGGCACCUUGGAGGCGUACGAUCUGGCCAUGGACGACUACUCCCCGGCCAGCCGCAUUCGCAGGCACACCCUGGGCGUGGUGGACAACAAUCUGGGAUGCUACUCGGUGCCGCAGUCGCGCCCGUGCUCGAGACAAUCGUGCAACAGCUCGGAAGCCGAGUCGGUGCAGCUGGAGCCGGAGGUGGCGAGAGCCAUACAAAUAGAGCUCACGAAUACGCAGACCUGGCAGGACUCGAUAUCGUUGGACGACAGGUUGAGCCUGACGUUGUCGGAAAUCGUGCACAUCAGGACCGUGCUCACGAAAGCGGAGUUGGAAGCGCUGCCGGCAGAGGGCGGCGUCCGCCACCAGGCCGAAACCAGGCGCGUGUGUUUUCUCUGCCUGAAAACCCGCUUCGGCAUUUUCGGGCCGUGGGGCCAACGUUGCACGCUCUGCAAGCGCACCGUGUGCUCGAAGUGCUGCUCCAAAAUGAACAUCCCCAUGGAGCACUUCAGCAGCGUGCCGGUGGUGCUGCUGAGUCCCAGCAUAAUGGCGACGCCGGAGGAGGAUAAGUCUCCGGUGGGCGCCGAUUCGAGGGACUCGAGCCCCGUUCGCAUGGACAAGAGCACUAUAAGCGACCCGGGCACGUCGCUGAGCUCGCUCUCCAGGUUUCGCUCCAAAGCCGCGGCCGUGGGGCGGGCCUCGAGGUACGUGGACCAGUUCAAGGCCUCGCAGAUGGUCGUGUGUCACGAUUGCAGGAUGAUGGUGUUGCAGAUUAUCAAGUCGGCCAGGGCGAAUCGCUCGGCGAUUCGCAACAAAACUCUGCAAAGUUUAACGUUGAAUCUUUCACCCGUGUUUUAAUCCAAUUACGUGAUAUUAAUCGAUGUUUAUCAAAGAUAACUCAGUAGUGAUAUUAGUUUUUAAAUAUUAAAUGAAUCUUGUUGCAUUUAUGUAGAAUUUUAUUCCUAAGUGUAACUCUGUCGUUUUGUGAAGAUUUUAAUUAUUUU